AUGCCUUUUGAUGACCCAGCAGAGCGAGAUGUCGAUGAGAUGCCAGGGCCUUGGCGCCAGGGAUGCAGCGUGCUGAGAGCAGUGCCUCCGUUAUCUGUCUGCAAUGACCCCUGUAAGCCAGGAUAUAGCAGGAAAAAGAAGGAGGGGAAGGCGUUUUGCUGCUAUGACUGUGUUUCCUGUCCAGAUGGCAAGAUAUCAAACCAAGAAGACAUGGAGGACUGUGUUGCUUGCCCAGAAGAUCACUAUCCAAACAGCAAUCAAAAUCAGUGCAUCUCCAAGGCCCCACAUUUCCUCUCUAUUGAAGAACCUUUAGGGAUUGCUUUCGUCUCCUUGGGUCUUUCUUUUUCUGCGCUGACAGCUCUGGUGCUUGGAAUCUUCAUUAAGCUCCGGGACACUCCCAUUGUCAAAGCCAACAACAGAAGCCUCUCCUACAUUCUCCUGGUGUCUCUCCUUCUGUGCUUUCUCUGCCCACUGCUCUUCAUCGGACAGCCUCACCAGGUGACCUGCCUCCUCCGACAAACAGCUUUUGGCAUCAUCUUCUCAGUGGCUGUAUCUUCUGUGCUGUCCAAAACGGUGACUGUGGUGAUGGUUUUCAUGGCCUCAAAACCAGGAAACAUGUUCCAACAGUGGGUGGGGAAAAGAUUGGCACAUUCUGUGGUCUUGUCCGGCUCCCUUGUUCAAAUGGGCAUUUGUGCAAUUUGGAUGUGGAGCUCCCCUCCUUUCCCAGAUCUGGACAUGCACUCAUUAACUGAAGAAAUCAUACUGGAAUGCAACGAGGGGUCCUUGACCAUGUUUUGCUGUGUCUUGGGCUACAUGGGCUUCCUUGCCACCAUCAGCUUCAUCGUAGCUUUCCUAGCCAGGAAAUUACCAGACAGCUUUAAUGAAGCCAAGUUCAUCACCUUCAGCAUGUUGAUCUUUUGCAGCGUUUGGCUCUCAUUUGUUCCAGCUUAUGUGAGCACAAGAGGAAAAGACACCGUGGCUGUGGAGAUUUUCUCCAUCAUGGCCUCCAGUGCUGGAUUAUUGGGCUGCAUCUUUCUACCCAAAUGCUAUAUCAUCAUGCUGAGGCCUGAGUUGAACAAUAGAGGGCAGUUGGUAAGAAAAAAGUAA